CAGGAGUGUCGUGCGGAAUAAAGGAUAUAACCGUGAUGUUCAUCUGAGAUGGAGAAGAACUCGAGCGGGGAUGAGCGCACUGGAGACUCCAGUCCGGUAUCAUCUACAAGCAACCUCCUGCAAGACCCCUUCCUCGUUUCUGUUCACAUCAUAACAGAUCCAGGUGAGGCAAAAACACUCCAAAGUGCUGCUGACCAGCUCCUCUCCCUUCUUCACCCACAACUGACCCUCUUCAGAGUGUCAGAGCGAGCAGAAAGGCCCCAACCGAGGCCACAGUGUUUCACGGACCUCCAUCUAUCCCUUCAUCCAUGCUUAUCUGUCAUCCUCUUCCUUCAUGAAGAUUAUAGAGGAGGAGAGAGCCAUGAGCAGCAGCUGAGGCGCCCUCCAUGGCGUUACCACCACACAGAGCAAGUAAAAGGCUUAUCGUUUUCCCCAGUAAUGCAGGAUUUCUUCAUACUAGCCCCUGGCACACCACUGUGGGCCUUGCGGCAGGUACAUUAUGGAAAGGAGAUCGUACGCUUCACGAUAUAUUGCCGAUAUGAAACAUACAGUGAUCAGGUGCGUCUCUACAGACUGCUUUUGCGUCGUCCCCUCGCACAGAGGAGCCGGCUUUAUAGCUUCUGUGUGGUCUAUUCCAACCACCAUAUGGAGAUUCAGCUGUCAUUUAAGCGCUCGCCACGAGGACAGGAUCCUACCCCGACAGAGCGUACCCUUAUGGAGAUACGUGUGAGAAACGUGAGCGGACUCAUACCACUUCUGCCCCAUCCCUGUAGACCAAUCAGUGACGUACGCUGGCAAACCAAGGAUUACGAUGGGAAUAAGAUAUUACUGCAGGUACAGGGCUCAUCAGAACAGUCAAGGGACACCGUUCCCUCCUCUUCAUCUUCAGACACUCCAUAUUAUUCACCAUCAAAUGGUUACGGCCCUGACGCCUAUCGGAAACGUCGCUGCCAAAGCACGUCCUCCUCCCAUCCUCAGAAUCCACUCAUGCAGUCUUCUCAGACUCCUCUACCACUGCAGUGUAAGCAGGAAGACUUGGAGAGUGUUCAGUGUAGCCAGGAAAUUGUGUGUGCUGGAUGGACAGAUCUCCAUACUCACUCCCUAAUCUCAAUGGCAACCGAAGCAUUUCAUUCAGUAAGCACCUCCCAUCCUUCCAGCUCCUCCUUUCUAACAACGCCAAGGUUCCGGAUAAACGUAGACACAUUAGUGGGAGCUGAAGAGACAGAUGUAGACACGGGACAAGCAGUAAUCAGCAGAUCUGUAGAUCUUUCUGUGGUCUCUGCUUACUUGCUCCCACAGACAAAAGCUCGAGUUCCUCAGCCUCUGUCUGAGUCUCCGGAGUUGUUCAGCAUCACAUCAUCUCCAAAACCUUCAAAUAAAACAGCAUCACUUCCAAAAAGUGUGCGCGGUCUUCAGGCCAAUUCGCAGUGGAGUAGAGGCAUGCAUCAGAGCAAUGGCGCCGAUAUAACUAAAGACUGCACGGAGGAGGACAAACAGGAGUUCUUCAUCUGAUGCACAAUCACUGGAUAAUGAAACCUAGGUUCAUCUUCAGUAACUGCUUUCAGGGUCAUGGUAGAUCCAGACACUAUCCUGCAUUCAGACAUGUUGUUUAAUUACUUCGUAAUGAUGUAAAAUCCAAUCCAGUGCACGUGAGUAAAUGCAAGUUCAGAAGAAAAUAAUUCCAUCUGCAAGCAAAGUAAAUUCAGUCACAUUUUCCA